AUGAAAUCCAUCCACCCAUAUUGGUUCAAGAUUUGUUGUCUGGUAUUUAUCAUCUUUUUAUUUUUCUUCCAAAAGGCAAAGUUUGAGAGAAGUAGUUGUUUUUGUAAAUCGAGAAAAAGCGGGAAAACUUAUGAUUUUUGCUAUGAAAAUCCGCGGAAUCCAGAGUCAAUUGGAGCAAAAUUCAACUGCAAUUUAUUGGAUACUUUGGAGGAAUUGGGCCUAAUCAGCGAAACUGAGCGGAUACCCAGCUUAUCAUCUAUCAUCAACGACGAAUCAGCAGUGGUUUUCGUCUCCUCAACAUCCGACGAUCACCUCCACCUCAGCCUCAAAUCCUACAACUCAAUCCGGGAAUUCUAUCCACAUCACAAGUACAUACUACAUGGCUUGAAUCUGAGUGCGGCUUACAUUGACAAACUUCCCAGAAAUGAUGAAAACUUCGAGUUUCGAGCAUUCAAUACUUCUACCUACCCGAAAUUUGUGAGCAACUGGAUGACUUAUAACUUCAAGCCACUGCUGAUGGCUCAAAUGCUCAAAGAGUUUCCGGCGGUUUGGUGGAUAGAUGCUCAUAUUGGAGUUGUUAAGCCAAAUAUCAUUGGGAAUCUUUACGAGGAGAUAAAAACCGAAAGGCUUAGCGAUGAUUAUGCUUCGGUUAUUGCAGAAUCUCUAGCUCCUCAUAGUAACUUUGCAGUUUUAAAUCCAAAACUCUUAAAAUUCUUUCCCACGAGCUCAUUGGAGCUGCUGAAACAAAGGACUCAAGUGCAAGCCGGUCUCAUUUUCCUAGCGCGCACCAGAUAUACAAUGAAACUUUUCAAAUGGAUGGUGCUUUGUGCACUCACAGAAGACUGUAUGAACCCUCCAGGAUCUCAGUCGAUAUGCAUUUUCCUUCACGAUUGGAACAAGUACUACGCUGACUGCUUCAGAUAUGAUCAGUCUAUUAUCAACCUGCUACUGGUCAACGAUUUUACGGGUAUUCAUAAAUAUUACUCGGAAAAGUUGUCUUCCUCCUUUGUUAGAAAUGAUUAA